AUGAUGAAGAAGGAAAUGCAGAGUAGGCUUACUGGGUGGAAGCCUGCUCUAACAAUGGUGCUGGUAGAGAUAGCUUUAGCAGGAGUUACAAUUCUUUACAAAUUAGCUGUAGAUAUCGGAAUGAACUUGAGAGUUGUGGUCGUAUAUAGACUUCUCCUCUCAACCGCUUCCUCUCUUCCUCUUGCUCUUAUCUUCGAAAGUUGGAAUGACUGGGAGAUUGGGUGGGACAUGGGGCUUUUUAUUGUAUCAUAUUCUGGAAUUGUGGGAUAUGGUGUUACAGUGACUCUUAUAGCAUGGUGUGUACAGGUGAGAGGCCCUGUAUAUUUAGCUGCUUUUAAUCCUUUGCUGUUUCUACUUGUGUUUUUCAUGGGUACUGUUGCGUUGGAUGAAAAUCUAUUCCUUGGAAGAAUAGUUGAAGCAAUUUUGAUAGUGAGGGGGUUGUACAUAUUGUUGUGGGGUAAACACAAGGAAGAUAAAGAGGAUAAAGAACACAGGAAACAAGAAGAUCAAGAUGAAAGUGACGGAGUUGAGUUGCUUUAG